UUCCAACUAAUACUAACAGUCCUAAUUAUACUCCCCUCUCGAUGUGGAGCUACUCUGAUGUUAUUCAGGAACUUAGUUCAGUCUACUGAAUGAGCCAGCUGGAUGAGAGGGGAGUAGAGACUAGAGACUAUUGACUAUGAUCUUCUCAUGAAAAUCUUUGCUCUCCUUCUCUUCAAUAUCAAGAAAUCGAUUUCCACCAAAAUUCAUCUGACAUGGAGGAUUUUAAGCAUAAAUGUUGAUUAAGCACCUCCCAGUGUCAAGCCAUGUCAGAGAUAAGAUAUGAAAUGAAGGAUGAGAAGUCAGCUUCUACAAAGAGUAAGAACUUAUCUCAGAAGCUUGACAUCAAGCAAAAACUCAUCAGCUUGAGAUGGCGUAUCCUCAAUCAAUAUGUCUCAGUAUUUGUUUCUUCAAAGAAGAAAGCAAAGAGUGUGACCAAAAAGAAUCUCAAAAGGAGAUCUAAAUAUAUCGGUGUAUCUAAGAACAAUGCUAACUGGCAAUCCCUUAUCAAUGUAAACCAAAUCAAGAAGUAUAUUGGAACCUUCACUAAUGAGAUCCAGGCAGCUAGAGCAUACGACUUAUACUCAGUAGCAAUGAAGGGUGAAGAAGCCUCUCUAAAUUUUGACUACACUCCUUCAGAUAUGCUGGAAAGGAUACAGUAUUUCCUUGAGCAUGAUUAUAUAAAAUGUGAUUAA